AUCUUUCUCUCCUCCCAUUUAUCUCAAAACUCAGCGCGUUAUAUGAUCGCAGACGCAGAAUAUGGCCCAGCACACAGUCGAUAAGAGAGAGCACAUGGAAGCCGGUGAAAAGACACAGUCCAGCCAUGACUACGACGCAGAACACGCCCACAAGGAGCAUGGAAGCGGACGAGGGAUGAUCGCAAGGUCUGCCACGCGUAUUCAUACGAAAAAAUCUCUCCUGGGAUGCGGUUUCGUAGCGCGCACAUUUAAUCAGAGUCGAGGUCCCCGUUCCGAACAAGAUUCCGAGUCCAAUUCGGAGCACGCAACGCAUCGAAAAAAUAAGUCAAUAUCGGGGGGUUCGCCUCCUAUGAAACCGAGCCAGAUCAUGGAUGAGCACCCGGAGCGCAAUCCCACCGAGCUAGGGGACCCGGAAGGUCUCCAUCCGUCAACCAAGGCCGAACCCGCCCAGAAUCCCCGAACGCGUGACGGUAAAGUUAAACAGAUGGAGAGCCAUAUCGUUGCCUUGGCGAGAGGAAUUACCGAAUUGGACAAUGAUCGAAAACGACUACAGGCGCAAGUUCGCUCUGCAAGGAGCGGCUCUUGGGUCACCAAAAGCAGCCGGCAAAUACGCGAAGAACUGUCGAGUCUUGAGGCAGCAAUGCGACAAUGGGCAGAAAAUUAUAGUGUCGGUGAGAUACGUGCGCUUGAUAGCUUGCCGAUCGAGGAGAAGGACGCCAUCCUGGAACGGUUGAGUGGAUAUUGCGCGCCAGUGGAUUGGAGGACACUAAUCAAGAAGGUGCCCACGAUGGCAAACAACAUCCCAGCCCUUCUUAUGCAGGCGCUGCUAGCCAAGGAUAUCUUUGGAUCCAUUUUCGCCAACCCCUUCUUUGCCUUCGGAGAGUCUAAAGAACCAUCAACGGCGCACUCUGCCCAAACAUUAUCUUAUUUAUACGCAUCGAUGCUGGAUGUCAACAAGGAAGAAGCCCACAUCUGGCGUUCGCAAACUCUCCGGCUUUUGGCCACACCUCCCCCGAACUCUGUGCACAAUGCACUAUUGCGCGCGAAGGUGGAAGCUAUUACUAGUGAGCUUGCGGUUGAAUUCCUCGCUGGUCCAGUUCAGUUACUCUUCCGAGACCGAAAUGAUUCAUGGGCGAUCCAGCGCAACCAGGAACUCUACCAGCUUUACCACACCGCGGGUGAAUUGGCCAUCUCCCUGUGGACGCAACGAUCCUUCAUGAGGUGUUACUGUCUGGAUGAGCUCCCUGUCUUUCGGGCAGAGCACCCGGUAAUGAGUGCACAUGCACUUCAUCGUCAACAUGGGAACGAUACAAGAUUAGACGGCAAGAAUGCUUUGAUUAUAGUGCAUCCGGCCAUUGUUGCCUUCGGGAAUGAAUAUGCUGAGCAUUAUGACCUAUGUAAGGUUUGGGCUAAGGGUAUUAUCCUGGUGGAUGAACACGCGUGAUGCGAAGGUUAUGAUGGAUAUCGACGCUAUCUGACGAGAAUAUUUACAGUGUAACAUAGUUAAUAUUAAUACAUACCCCAAUACAAUUGGCCACCUUGGGCUUUAUAUACCCACAAA